CGUCGCUGCUUUUCUGCUGCUCCUCCGUCUUCAUGUUGUUGCUUUUUGUCUGUCUCCUCUUUGGUCUUGUUGCUUUUGUCUGUUUUGCUUUUACGCUUUGCCAUCUUACACACACAGUCACACCUACGCCAGCCAAGAGACUUUUGUAUGUAAAACUGACGUCGCUGCUUUAUUUUUUUCCCCGUAUUUUUUUUGCACAUUCUGCCUGUUCUCUCUUCUCGCCUGCAUUUUGUGUAUCUCAUCUCGUGUACGCUUUCGCUGCCUUUCCAAUCUCUUCGGCAUCGAGGCAACAACAACAGCAACUACAACCAAAAGCUGGCGUCGCUGUCGCCGUCGUCGUCGCCGUCAUCGUUUUCUCUAUUUUCCUCAAUCGCUCUGCCUUUUCAUUUUCAAUUCGCAUAUUUUUGCAAACUCUACUUUCAGUUAUUCGCCGAUAAUUGAUGUCAAAGGACGCAGUUGUGCUCCGCCGGCGCUGUCUCGUUGCCUUUUGGAAUCGACGCGGCGGGGACUAGUUGCCACACCAGUUUCCACCUUCCCCUUCCCCGAAAAAGUUCCAUUCAGUGUGACCAUGCCCAAGGAGGAUCCGUUUGUCAAUCGCGCCCAGCUCCUAAAGGCGAUCAAAAAGUAUCCGGAGAUCUGGGACUCCAACAACAAGUUGCACAUGUGCCGCAGCGUCACAUCGCCCAUGUGGACAGAGAUCGCCGAGCAGUUCGGCGGCCAUGUGCCGACAGUUAAGUUGCAGUCAAUCUGGAGCCAGAUGAAGUACCAUUAUCACAACUUGGUCCACCGCCAGAUCCUUCACAAGGAUCGCUUCAACACCAAGUGGGAACACUUUGAACCGAUGUCCUUCAUGUACAGCAUAACGGUGGCCAAAAUAGUGGGUGCUCAGUCAGGCGGUGGAGGCGGUGCCUCCUCCUCCGAAUCCCCGCCAAUUGGUGGUGCUCCGCCUCCCACCGGGGAGGAAUCAGCUGCACCCACACCGCCGCCUCCGUUGCCCAGUGCCUCCCAUGGUCGGGGGCGUCCCAGCGGCAGUUUCAGUUGGUUGCAAACCACAACGGCCACGCCUCCUCCGGCCCCACAACUGCCACAUCUUAUCGCUCAGCCGCCGCAUGGCCAGAGUCAGGGAAUGACAUAUACCGCCUUUACGGGACUGGUGCCACCGCCAGCGACCGUGGCCACGGAGGUGGUGGCCACACCGCCCCGCAAAUUGGGGCGACCCAGUUCGCUGCACAAUAGUAUGCGCGGUCGGAUUAUCGAUGCCAUUAAAGCACGUCCGUCCCUUUGGGCGGGACGCCAGCGGAGCGAGAAGGGACAGGGCCAGAGUCGAACCUCGGCAGUUUGGAAGGAGGCGGCGCUCGAGAUGGGACUGACUCCUACCCUAAUGCAGACCCGUUGGUCAAUCAUCAAGCAGCGUUAUGUGGACGAGUUGCAGAAGGAGCGUCAUGCUCAGUAUUCCCAUCAGGGAUUCCGUUCCACCUGGGAACACUUUGAUCGCAUGUGCUUCAUGCGGGACAUUCUGUUAAAGAAAGUCGAUGAGAGGGAACAGACCCGGGAGCAGAUCCAGGAGAUAGUCAGCGAACAGCAGCAUCAUCAGCAGCCGCAACCGCAUCAGCAUCAUCCGUCGCAGCAUCUACACCAUUAUCGACCACAGCCACCGCCGCCAGCACCACCAGCCGGACUAGUGGAGCAUGCCCAGGACAUGCCAAUUGGUUUGGUGCAGCACCAUCACGAAGGACACCAUCCACCGCUGGCCAUGCAUCAUCCACACCAUCCACAGGCCAUUCGUCGUAGGGUUAAGCACGAGUCCGAUUUGGAAUGGGAUCCCUUUGAGAUGAUACUCCAUGUCCAUGGUGCAGGAGAGCCAGCGGCCAACUGAAGACUGAGCGAAAAGAGAGAGAUACUAAAGCCCUCGGUUACGUCUGAGUAAAAUAUCUGAAAAAUUGAUCAAGAAAAUAAUUUUUCUAAAUUUAUUUCAUACAGUUUUGAAGUACU